AGUUUUGAGUAAAUAUUUUGAUGUUAGUGAGUGGUAAAUAUAAAUUUUAAAUUUACAGUAUUAAUUUUUACAUUAUCGUACUAUUCUGGAUAAAAAUGGAUACGAUUUGCAGAUUGUGCCUUCGCAAUAAUGAUAAAAAUAUGAAAAAUAUAUUUAAGGAGUUCAUGUCUGAAUCCGUAUAUUUUACAUUUGGAGUACAGAUAAAAGCAUCAGACAAGUUUUCAAAAUUAAUCUGCCAGCAAUGUAUAAACCAAUUAGAAUGUGUCAGAGAAUUGAAGACCUUUUACCAAAAGAACCAGCAGUACCUUCAACAAAAAAAAUGUCCACCUGAAUUUGAUAGUGAGGAAAAAAAAUCAUUAACUUACCAUUCCAACAAUUCUACAUAUUUGGAUGUAUCUCCUCUAAGAUUAGAAACUACAAAUAUAGACAAAAAGGAAGAUAUGAAUGCACAACUUGAAUUCCUAAAAUGUAUAAAUAUAUUUCCAUUGAAAACAGCUACCAUUAAAGCUGCUAUUCCAAUUGAACGAAGAAGUAAAAGAAAAAGAACUCCAAAAUUUCACCAAGAUACUUCAGAGUAUUAUAAUAUUCAAGACAAUGUGCAAUCCGAAAAACAUAUAGAACAAUUAAAUGGUUUAGUUCCAGUAGUAGAGCUAUCAAGAUUAGGGGAUAUAACCGAGGAAGGUUAUAAAAAAAUAAGUAAUUAUUUGUAUAAAAAAACGUCAAAGAAAAAUCCUAUCCAACAUCAAAAGAAAAGUAUUCAAGACAACUCAAAACUAAAAUCAAAGUUGCCUUUUUCUGUUGGAAAAAAAGUCACAGCCAACAAUAGCAAACACAUUCUUAAUUUUAUACAAAGACAAAAGUCGAAACUUGACGAAUACGAAGAGGUCACUGCUGUAAACAGACAAUGUGAUGUGGACGAGAUAACCAGUAAGACAAAUGAUCCUGCAAAAAUAUGUGAUAUUAAUGGUGAUAUUAGCAGCAAAGUUAACAAAACAAUUAUUAUGAAACAAGCAGAAAAAUCAGAUAAAACAGAUGAUGUUUUGUCGAAAACUAGUAAAAUUAUAACUGAUGAAAACUCUUAUGUAAAUAACCAAAAACUAGUCAUGAGGGAUGUAUUAAGAGAGUGUCAAAAAAAUUUAAAUUUGGCCGAAGACAAAUCCACGGACCAGACAACUACAGUCAUUACAAUUGACGAUGACCAAGUACCAGUACAUGAAAAUUUAUCACCAGUAAAGAUAACCAGUAAGACAAAUGAUCCUGCAAAAAUGUGUGAUAUUAAUGGUGAUAGUAACAGUAAAGUUAACAAAACAAUUAUUAUGAAACAAGCAGAAAAAUCAGAUAAAACAGAUUCUGUUUUGUCGAAAACUAGUAAGAUUACAACUGAUGAAAACUCUUAUGUAAAUAACCAAAAACUAGUCAUGAGAGAUGUAUUAAGAGAGUCUCAAAAAAUUUUAAAUUUGGUCGAAGACAAAUCCACGGACCAUACAAGUACGGUCAUUACAAUUGACGAUGAUCAAGCAUCAGUAAAUGAAAAUUUACCACCGUAUAACAACCAGAACACGACAAUAAACGUAACGAGAGGAAAAACGGAUAUUUCACGCACUAACAUAAUUCCUGAACAAUUUUUAGUACCUGUCAAUGACACUCAGGUAAUUGCAAUGCAAGACUCAAGGAAAACUAAUGCAAUACUCCCACAGAUACAAGUAAUUAAUAUUGACGACUGGGUACAGGACGAAAUAGAUGAUACCGUUUGGAUCCCGAAGUCUGUUAACGCUUCAGAAACUUUGACGAUUUCUGCAAAUAAUAAAGACCUUCAUGGCAACACGCUGAGUGCAUUAGUUCCGGUACUGUCAAGAUUAGGAGAUAUUACCGAUGAAGGUUAUACGAAAAGAAGUACAUAUUUGUAUAAGAAGACUUCCAAAGAAAAUCUUAAACAACAUCAAAAGAAAAGUAGUUUACAUGAAGAAACUCAAAAGUCUUAUCUCGUUUCUGAGGUCAACUUACAACCCAAAUCAAAGCUGCCUUUUUUGGUUGAAAAACAAGUCACAGUCAACAAUUGCAAAUACGUUCCUUAUUUUAUAGGUAAAGAAAAUUUGCAAUUUGGUAAUAAAAGUUCCACUGAUGUAAACAGAAAACGUGAUGCAGAGAAGAUAACCAGUAACACAAAUAAAAAGUUAAAAAUCUGUGAUAUUAAUAGUGAUAUUAAUAGUAAAGUUAACAAAUCGAUUAUUUUGAAUCAAGCAGUAAAGUCAGAUAAAGCAGAUGUUUUGUCAAACACAAGAAAAAGUACAAUUGCUGAAAUUAAAGGAAAAAUGAAUAUCCUAGGCAAUACAGCUAUUAGUACUGAAGACCAACUUUUACUAAAUUAUAUUCAAGAAAAAAGAAACUCUGUACAUAACAAAAAACUAGUCAUGAGAGAUGUAUUAAUAGAGUCUAAAAAAAAUUUAAAUUUCGUCGGAGAUAAAUCUAUGGACGAUACUACAGUCAUUACAAUUGACGACGAUGAUGCAGAAUUAAACAAAAAUUUACCACCGAAUAACAACCACAACACACCAAUAAAUCCACACAAAUCUUAUAUUUCAAGCAAUAAUAUCAUUCCUGAAAAAUUGUUACUACCCGAUAGUGACGUCCAAAUAACUUUAGUGACAAAAUCACAGAAAUCCAAUCCAAUAGUACCACAUGUGCAAACAAUUCAUGUUGAUGACGGGAUGCAGGACGAUACAAAUGAUACUGCUUGGAAACCAAACUCUUUUGAGCUUCCAGAAACUUUGUUGUUUUCUCCAAAUGACAAAGAAAGUAUUUUGUUACGAGAGCGUAAGAAAUCUGACAUUCAAACAUGGAAAAAAAUUCAGAAGUAUCUUCAUAGAGUUAUACUUUUAGGAAAUUCUGAUAUAAAAAAGCAAUAUAAAAGAGUUUUGGAAAUGUCUUUGAUGUCUUGA